GCAGGUACAUGGCGGAUCUCGGUUUGUCUGGAAGAUAAAAUACUCCUUCACCGUUCCUGCUUUUCAUUUCACGCAGGGCUGCAAAACAGCGUCUGCUUUGGGCUUUGCGUAACCGUAGAGACAAUUUUUGCACCGGUCCUUCAGUGAGGAGUGGCCCAGACAAGCCCUCAACAUACGACCUCCAUCAGGACCAAGAUUUCCGUCGCUAAGCAAGUUGUUCACAUUGGGCCCAAGACCAGGAUGGCCUCUAACCACACCGAGACCUGGUUCCAGAAGCUGGACGUGAUGUUGAAGCUCUUCAACGGUACCAUCUCCCGUGUGGAGCCCUGUUCCCGGCUGGGCAAGGCCGACCAGGAGGGAAAAGACACUUAUGCUUACAUGUACAUCGUUUUCAUGAUGCUCCUCUUUGCUCUGACGGUUGGCAGCCUGAUCCUAAGCUACACCCGAUCCCGAGAGGCGGUGGACAAGCCCAGCGACCCCUACCACAUAUACAUCAAGAACCGGGCGAACAUGAUUUGAAGGGAGGAGGCAACGAGAAGGAGCCACGGGAGUCCUCGCGGGCCUUUCAGUCAGCCAUGAAAAUGGCGUCGAGUCUCGAACUCAGGACCGGAGGAACGUCUACGUUCCAAGGAGCGUGGAGAGAGAGAGAAAAAAGUUAAAAAUCUAAGGGAUUUUAAAAGCAGGCUCUUUAAAGAAGCCAGAGGGGACUGACGUCACCUGCCUUAAAUGACCCAUUUAUAAAGUUUUGUAAAGUAAUUUUUAAAAAGCUUUCCUAAUCUACUUCUUCCUAUCAAUAAACAAAUUGGAAGGUG